AUGUUAAAUAGAGUUGAGGCUAUGAACCCCUUCAACCUUUCAGCGUACCCCAUGUCUUAUCCACCACCCUCACGGCAAGCACCUCCAGAAUUUCGUCCCGUUACACAAGACCGUCGCGAGCGAUAUUUUGACGACAACCAAUAUCAACAAGACCAGCAACGCUCUCAACAAUUCGAACCACUCAACCCUCCUCCACAAAAUCCAAAUCAAUUUGUAUCACCCGUCCGAUACGCGUCGUUGACCGGAGAGAAGGAACCUUCACCUUUCCCAUUCCGUUUGGAUCGCGUUAGACAUUCUUCAUUAACUAAUAACGGAGGACAAGCCCCUUAUUAUCAUCAAAGAAUGUCCCCACCACCCCCGAUGAUGACAGUCCACAGAGACCCAUACGAACAACCAUUUGAAUAUCUUCCACACCAACGAACGUCGUUACCUUAUGGCGAUAGACCAAUGACUUCAUUAAGACCAAUCUCGCCAGACUUUUACUCGAGAGGGUCGUACGAUCGGAACUCACAACGACUCUACCCGGGUGACAUUCCAAUCAAAAACGAGUUUGAUUCAUACGCAUACACCUCCACAAAACCAACACGAAUGAGUAUGUCGGAGGAGUCCGAAAGUCGGUCGUAUUCGGCGCCAAUCAAAACUGCGGUGCCCCGUGUUGUUCCCGACAAAGACGUGUUGAUGACACCAGAGUACGUUGGAAGGAAAGAAUUCGCGACAAUGGAAGACGCUGUUGCUGUACUAACACAGUGGGCAGAGUCUCAAAAUGUGACACUUCGAAAGGGGAGCGGCAACAACAAAACAAUGAAAGACGGGACAAAAAAGAAAAUCGUGUUAGUGUGUCAGUGCUCUGGGAAGUAUCGGAGCUGCUCGUAUUCUCCCCGCGGGGGCUCUGCGUCGAACUCGAGCUGUGAAGAUGCCUCGGCACCUGCAAAAACACCGAAGAAACGACGAAGCAAAAAGACGGAGUGCCCGUUCCGAAUCAAUCUCAACUACAGGGCGAAUAGCAACACGUGGAACAUCACUAAAAUGAUUCUACAACACAACCACCCAUGA